CUGCAGGUGUGAAACUCACCCCUCUGUCUCAAGCCUCCAGGGUGUGGAAGCGAGGAUAAGGUGUCAUGGGCACACCCCGGCCAGUCAACUGCACCUUGAGCUCUGUGUCCAAAUCCCCCUAAAGCAAUGAGGAGUCUGCGUCGCUGCGUACCUCUGUCGAGUUGUGGCAGCGUCUCAGGCCCAGGUUUCUGGGUAAGGAUCUCUCGGCUCGCGUCUUCCCGCGGUUUUCGGACUCUUGCUCCAGAGGUUGGUCAUUCACAAUGUGUGAAUGUGAAUCAAUGUCAGCACGGCACCGCUGCCACCACCCACCUAGUCCACCAACCAUCUCCCCUCAGCUGGUGGAUGAUCCCCCGUUGACAGGCCAGGGGGUAAUUAUCAUGGUUUCAGGGCUAAGAGGAAUGCUACUUGGCUUCACAACAGAUGUCUUCUCAGAUCCAGGAAAAACCACCCACAGAGAUGACGAUUGGAUUGCCAAAUACUAUCACUGUACUCAGCUGACCCACAGAGUGGAGGAUGUGUCUUUGGUCCUUCUCCGGGCAACCACUGACUCCUGGUCAAUGAUUUUGACGCUUCCCAGUUAAUGGGGUGACAGAUUUUGUGCUAUGAAGGCUAUCUAUCAGACCCACUCAACACAUCGUUAAUACUGGUAUAAUUCCUUCUUUCUAAAUUUACCUUAACUGGACAGACACCACAUAACAAAAGUUGCCAAACGAAUAUUGCUCUGAAAAUACACACAGGCGUUCUGCUGAGAUUUCUUCAAGUAAAUGGGAGCUAGAGUUUAAAACAAAGAAAAGAAAGAUAAAUUAAGUUUUCAUACUGGGCACAGGGUUUACUGGCUUCUUAAAGUGGACAGCUGUGCAGCAGAGACAGUGUGAGAUUCUCAGGAACCACAGCUCCUCACAUUGUUGUGGCUCCCCUUUGAUUACUAAGGCAGACUGUUAUAAUGAUCAACAGUGUUGACUCGUCAUCCGGGAAGGAUGGACACGCACACGCACACGCACACUGCAGAGCUUCAGAUGUUUUAUCCAACUGAAGAAAACUGUGUUUUUGAGCUCAAUGAUUUUGCAAAUAACGGCAGUGUGACACGUUGUUUUUUCCAUGCGUGUGUGUCUGCGUGUCUGUCUCAGGAGCAGCUCGGUCAGCCCUGGGUAGCUUGCCGUUCUCAGAUUCCUGUCAUAUUUCUGGAUGGCUGCUGAACAAACAGAGGUUGAUGACUACCACGGCUGCAAAGUGCCAGAUGCGUACAGCUGGCUGGAGGACCCGGACAGUGAGAAGACACAGGCCUUUGUCAGCGCCCAGAACCAGCUGACGCUGCCGUAUCUGGAGCGCUGUGCGGUGCGAGACCUGUUCAAGGAGCGCAUGACAGAGCUGUACGACUACCCCAAGUACAGCUGUCCCUUCAAGAGGGGGAGCAGGUACUUCCACUUCUACAACACAGGCCUCCAGAACCAGAGUGUGAUGUACGUGCAGGAGAGCCUGGACGCCAAGCCCACAGUCUUCUUGGAUCCAAACACAUUUUCCGAUGACGGGACAGUUGCCCUGAGAGGCUAUGCGUUCUCUGAGGAUGGGGAGCAGUUAGCGUACGGCACCAGUGCCAGCGGGUCCGACUGGGUGGAGAUCCAUUUCCUGCGAGUCGUAGGCGCCGUGCCCCUAGAGGACCGCCUGGAGCGGGUCAAGUUCAGCUGCAUGUCCUGGACCCAUGAUGGGAAGGGACUUUUCUACAACUCCUACCCUGUCCAGGAGGGCAAGAGUGACGGCACUGAAACCUCCACCAACCUGCACCAGAAGCUCUACUUCCAUGUUCUGGGGACGCCGCAGUCCGAGGACGUGCUGUGCGCCGAGUUCCCCGACCAUCCCAAAUGGAUGAGUGGAGCUGAGGUCUCGGAUGAUGGGCGAUACUUACUGCUGUCCAUCAGGGAAGGUUGUGAUCCAGUCAACAGGCUCUGGUACUGUGAUCUUCAGACCACUCCGCAGGGUAUCACAGGACUUUUGCCCUGGGUGAAGCUAAUCGACAACUUUGACGCCGAGUACGAGUACGUGACCAAUGAGGGCACGUUGUUCACAUUCAAGACCAACCUGGACGCCCCACGCUAUCGCCUCAUCAACAUUGACUUUGCCUCUCCUGCUGAGGGCAACUGGAAAGAACUCAUCCCUCAACACGACAAGGACGUUAUUGUGUUUGCCACCUGCACGUACUCGAGCUUCCUGUUUGUGUGUUUCCUCCACGACGUGAAGAACGUGUUGAAGAUGUACCGUCUGAGCUCGGGGGAGGAGCUGAGGACCUUCCCCCUGGACGUCGGCUCUGUGGUGGGCUUCACUGGACGGAAGCGCGACUCUGAGAUCUUCUACUAUUUCACCUCUUUCCUCUCUCCGGCCAUCAUUUACCACUGCGACCUGACCAAGGAGCCGCUGCAGCCGCACAUCUUCAGAGAGGUCACCGUCAAAGGCUUCAGUCCCUCCGACUACCAGACCACCCAGGUCUUCUAUCCCUCCAAGGACGGCACUCAGAUCCCCAUGUUUAUCGUCCACAAGAAGGGCAUCAAACUGGACGGCUCCCAUCCAGGGUUCCUGUACGGCUACGGGGGCUUCAACAUCUCCAUCACGCCGAGUUACAGCGUCUCCCGCCUCAUCUUCGUCAGACACCUUGGGGGAGUCCUCGCCGUCGCAAACAUCCGAGGAGGAGGAGAGUACGGGGAGACCUGGCACAAAGCUGGCAUGUUGGCCAACAAGCAGAACUGCUUCACAGACUUCCAGUGUGCUGCCGAAUAUCUCGUCAAGGAGGGAUACACCUCUUCUUCCAAACUGACUAUAAAUGGCGGCUCCAACGGGGGUCUGCUCGUAGCGGCCUGUGUGAACCAGCGACCCGAGCUGUUUGGAUGCGCUGUGGCUCAGGUCGGCGUCAUGGACAUGCUGAAGUUCCACAAGUUCACCAUCGGCCACGCCUGGACCACGGACUUUGGCUGCUCGGAAGACAAAGAGCAGUUUGAGUGGCUCAAAAAAUACUCCCCGCUCCACAACAUCCGCAUCCCAGAAGGCAACGGGGUCCAGUACCCUGCGGUGCUGCUGCUGACGGGCGACCACGACGACCGGGUGGUGCCCCUCCACUCUCUCAAAUACAUCGCCACGCUGCAGCACAUUGUCGGCCGCAGUGCCAAGCAGACAAACCCCCUGUUCAUCCUCGUGGACACAAAGUCGGGCCACGGCGCCGGCAAGCCCACAAGCAAGGUCAUCCAGGAGGUGGCCGACACCUACGCCUUCAUCGCUCGCUGUCUCAACAUCUCCUGGGUCAAAUAACUAGUGUGUGUGUGUGUGUUUGUUGUUCUUUACUUUGUUACUCAGAUCAAUCUCUUUGUUUAACAACACUUCCGACAGGAAAAAAAAAAAACAUGUUUACCUAGCCACCAUCACCAUAUCUUUUACAACGCGCCCUGUCCUGGAGGCCAUGUUUGUAGUCCCGCCGAAACUAAGUGACUACAUCAUCAAUGACGGGUGUUAUAAAAGGGAUAGUCCCCUUCACGGUUACAUUUAUCAGCAGUUACAGUCCUGAGGCUUAAGUGGCAAGAUCGUCUCUGCAUCGUCUGGCUGCCCCAACGCGACGCUUAUUAUUUAUUUUUUCCGAUUGUGCUCAGAAUGAAAAGGAUGUCGGACGUUGAAUGAUCUCGGCUUUCUGACAAGACAGCGUUGUGACAAAUGAUGAUGACGCUGUUCCCUGACGGUAUUGCUGCGGAUGUGAGUGCGGGAACUUAUGCAGCUUGUGUGCGUGUGUGUAUGCGAGCGAGACAUUGUUAUAGCACUUUCAGAUUUCUUUCGGACUGAUAAUGAUUUCUACCUCUUGACAUGUGCCGAUUGUUUACCUUCUAAAGGGGAACUAAACACAAUGCUACAAUAAAACGACUUUUUAAACAGUGA